GCAUCUAUUUUGAGUGAAUGUACAUGACUUUAUCUUUUUGUCUUUGUAUUGACUCUACACUUCAUUUUUGACAGUCUAAAGAAGAGUGUGAAUACCUAAUAAGUCUUGCUAAACCUCAUAUGGUGAAGUCAACUGUCGUUGAUAGUGAAACUGGUCGGAGUAAAGAUAGCAGGGUGCGUACAAGCUCAGGGAUGUUUCUAAGGAGAGGACAAGAUAAAAUCAUUAGGGACAUAGAGAAAAGGAUAGCUGAUUUCACUUUCAUACCUAUAGAACAUGGUGAAGGGCUUCAAGUUCUCCAUUAUGAAAUUGGACAGAAAUAUGAUGCUCACUUCGAUUAUUUCCUUGAUGAGUUCAACACUAAGAAUGGAGGACAGCGGAUGGCUACUUUGCUUAUGUAUUUAUCAGAUGUUGAAGAAGGGGGUGAGACAGUGUUUCCUACUGCCAAGGGAAAUAUCAGUGCUGUGCCCUGGUGGAAUGAAUUGUCUGAAUGUGGCAAACAUGGUCUUGCUGUGAAGCCAAAGAUGGGAGAUGCAUUACUGUUUUGGAGCAUGAGGCCUGAUGCCACACUAGAUCCUUCAAGUUUGCAUGGUGGAUGUCCCGUGAUUAGAGGGAGCAAAUGGUCAUCAACAAAGUGGAUGCAUGUCGGAGAGUACAAGGUUUAAGCCUUUCUGUAGAGGUAGAGGGUCAAGAGCGGCGAACAUGCGAGUCCCUGCUUGAAGAGCACAUGGCGUCAAAAUCCUGAGAUUCUGUUGUCGUGUCCCAAAUACUAACCCUUUACACUCAGGUCCUUUUUCUUUAAUGACGAGCAUAUAUGAUUCUUGCCUUCACAAUUAGGUUAGAGUUGCCAAUUUGAACUUGCUAUUUAAUCCUGCGGUCCUUAAGAAAUGCAUCAUGUAGAGCUAAUGGUGUAAUUAGAUGAUAAAAUGAGAUUAAUUAGUUAGAUGAUACAAGCGUGGAUAUUACCAGUGAUUCAUUUAAAAGAAAAAUAAUUUAUGAAAAUACUAGAUGAACAUGAUUCGUCUAGAUUAUUAUUCAUUGCUGUUGAGAGCCAAAUCAGAUUCUUCAUUGCAGAAUUGUAAAGAAAUGCCUUCUUUCUUGCAAUUAACGUUCAUCUCUCUUUUGUUAGUUGUGUAUUAGCUUUUUCAAUUCAUCCUCAUCACCGGUCCUGCGGGUCAUUUGAUGAAGCUACUUUAAUAAGUAUUUAGCUUUGUGCUAUCUGUUUUAUUGUUUAGACUGUAUUAUACCAUAUACCACAAAAUAAGGAUAGAAUAAAAAGGAAAGGGAAAACAAGACUAAUGCCCAAAAAUAAGGAAAGAGAACAAACAUUACAUCAUGAUAGAACAAUUUUCUGUGAAGAAUUUUAUCUAUUA